UUCUACGUAAGAACAUUCUUGAAAGCGAAAGCAGCGAACAUGCCGUUUGUGUCGGGAAUUGACCAUAAAUAUAUUGCAAUUGGUGCUUUAGCAUGCACUACAGGUGUUGCAAUUUUCUCGACGUAUAAAUGGUUAAGUGAGAGAAGAAGGAGACAGAAAAGCUCUGUCUAUGAAUCACAGAAAUUGCUGAAUGAAUACCUAGUUUUCCACUACGGAGCCAGAGGAGAAGUUCUGAAAUAUGACUUUGGACCCAAAGAAGCCCUUGACUUUCCUAAAAGAUGUGCUGACAUGUGUUUAAAACAUUGUAAAGGAUUUGGCAAGAGUAAGACUCUAAGGCGAGCACUGGACAUUGGAUGUGCAGUCGGUCGAUCAUCAUUUGAACUGGCCCAUGAAUUCCAAGAGGUCAUAGGGAUUGACUACAGUCAGUCCUUUGUAGAUGCUUGUGAGCACAUGAGGGACCUUGGGGAGAAAGUGUACUUUGUACAAGAUGAAGGAGAUCUAGUCACCCCUCUUGUUGCCAGAGUGCCACAAGACAUUGAAAAAGCUAGGUGUACCUUUGAGCAAGGUGAUGCUUGUGGCCUUCGACAUGACCUUGGAUCAUUUGGGUGUGUUUUGGCGGCAAAUCUGAUCUGUCGUUUACACUCACCCUUUGACUUCUUGCAUCGUCUAACAGAGUUGGUGGCUCCUGGUGGAAUACUUGUCAUUACAUCACCUUACACAUGGCUGGAAGAAUUCACAGAUAAAGAGAAUUGGAUGGGAGGAUACAAAAAGAAUGGGCAGGUAGUGACAGGAUUCUCUACCCUCAAAAAAGAACUGGGACCAAAUUUUACUUUAGUGGAGUCGUGUGAUAUGCCUUUCUUCAUCCGUGAAACUGCCAGAAAAAAUCAGUGGACCGUAGCACACUGUACUGUGUGGUCUAGAAAACACAACUGAACAAACUCUAUGUGAUAGACAAGUGCUUUACUCUAUGUGUUUAGAAUUAUUCCUUUUCUCUCAGACCUCAGUCUUUUGUGUAUCUAAAGUCCUCAGAAUUUUGUGCUAACUAUAUGCACAGAAUCAAAACGGAAAAUAAGUGUGAUAAUUGACAGAAUAGUUUGGAGUGAAAAUUUAUAUUGUUUUUAUAUAAGGCUGUUGACAGCAAGCUAAAGAUCUCUAUAUACUGGUAGUAGACUUAAUAGAAUUAUCCAUAUGAAGUAUUACAAAUGAGUUAAAUUUCUGUAUCUCAAACAUUGAUAUCUGAUAAUCUCAGAUACCAUUGAUGUGUUGAAGUGAGUUGGAAGUCCCAGGAGUUCUUUAUGUAUUUUAUCCUCUGUGAAGUUUUCCUUGGUCCCAUAAUUUUGAGAUAUUAAAGUAUGACUAUAUGUUAGGUGUAUUUUUGUCCAUAUUAAUAAAGAAAUUAAAAAUUAAAUACCCCCAAAAAUUACAUUUUGUAAUCAAAUGGCAGCAUCUAACAAUAUGUCAAAUCUGUUUCUAUAAUCCUAUAAACAUGUGUUCUUAUCAUUUUAUGUAAUUCUAUUGAGAAAAAAAAAUAAAUUUGUAACUGUUA